UGGAUCCGAUCCACUCUAUUCCUUACUCUAUGCCAUCAUCAUUACUAUAUUAUAUAUUACAUGGCCUUGGAAUUGGAAUUGAAUCCGUUCAAAUUAAUACGAUCGUUCUCAUUCUGAAUCAUCACCUCAUUUCUGAUUCUCUGGAUUCUCCGCUCAUCGGAUCACCAUGACCUCGCCGGUUGCAGCUUCUUCCUUGAAGCUUUACUCUUACUGGAGGAGCUCUUGUUCUCACCGUGUUCGAAUUGCCCUAAACCUCAAACGUCUAAAUUACGAGUACAAGGCUGUUAAUCUACUCAAGGGAGAGCAAUUCUCACCCGAGUAUGAGAAGCUUAAUCCUAUUGGUUAUGUACCCACUCUUGUGGAUGGUGAUGUUGUUAUUGCUGACUCUUUUGCUAUAAUCAUGUAUUUGGAGGAGAAGUACCCUCAGAAUCCUCUGUUGCCUUGUGAUCUUGGUAAAAGAGCUAUCAACUACCAGGCUGCAAACAUUGUUUCUUCUAGCAUACAGCCUCUUCAAAAUAUAGCUGUUCUGAAGUACAUUGAGGAAAAAUCUGGUCCAGCAGAAAAACUUCGUUGGGUUCAACAUAAUAUUGAAAAAGGUUUUACAGCACUUGAAAAGCUGCUAAAACCUCAUGCUGGGAAAUAUGCUACUGGAGAUGAAAUCUAUAUGGCGGACUUGUUCUUGGCUCCUCAAAUUCAUGGCGCCAUCAAUAGAUUCAAUAUUGACAUGUCCAAAUUUUCUCUAUUAAACAGGUUGAAUGAGGAAUACAAUGGUACAGCAGCAUUUCAAGAUGCAGCCCCAGCGGAGCAGCCUGAUGCUACUCCAACCUCUACUUAGUCCAUUUCACUACUAUUUCCUUCUCAAUUUCUUAUGGAUCAUCUUCCACUCUUAUUUGUGUUUUCCGAUCAUGCACGAACUAUUGAUUACUAGUUGUACUUGGUUUUCGUUUAGUCUUGAAAAUAAGUCAUCUUAGAAAAAGUUGAAGUAUUUGACAA